UUUGCAUCACAUAUCACAUCGAUUGCACAUCUCAGGCGAAUUUGAGCUUCUUUCUCAAUCUCUCUCUCUCUCUCUCUCUCUCUCCUCUGUUUAAGAUCAAACUAAAUAUCCAGCGAUCUAGGUGAGUGAGAAACGCUUUGAUUGAAGAAUAUGGGGAGAGGAAAAAUAGUGAUCCGAAGAAUUGACAAUUCCACCAGCAGGCAAGUGACUUUUUCGAAACGAAGAAAUGGGUUGCUUAAGAAGGCCAGGGAGCUCUCGAUCCUUUGUGAUGCAGAAGUUGGAGUCAUUAUUUUCUCCAGCACCAGCAAGCUCUACGAAUAUGCCAAUACAAGCUUAAAAUCUGUUAUUGGGCGUUACAGCAAAGCAAAAGAGGAUCAACACCAGCCAUCCAAUCCUGCUUCGGACGUCAAGUUUUGGCAAAGGGAGGCGGCAAACUUGAGUCAACAACUGAAGUACUUGCAAGAAUGCCACAGGCAAUUGAUGGGUGAAGAACUUUCUGGUUUGAGUGUCAAGGAUCUACAAAAUCUGGAAAACCAGCUGGAAAUGAGUUUGAAGGGUGUCCGAGCAAUGAAGGAACAACUAUUAACUGAUGAAAUUAAGGAACUAAACCAGAAGGGACAUCUGAUUCAUCAAGAAAAUACAGAACUCUACACAAAGAUAGAACAUUUUCGUAAAGAAAAUGCAGAAUUGAAAAAGAAGGUUUAUCGAGCAAGGAAUGUGAAUGAAGCAAGCUGUUCUAGUUCUCCAUACACUAUCAGCAAUGAAUACGAUCUGCAUGCAAACAUCCGUCUCCAGCUAAGCCAGCCUCAACCUCAAAAUGAUGAAGCACCGGAAAAAGCAAUGGAACUCGGGUAUCUCCUCAAUUUAUUGACAUGCUAUAUACAAUUUAAGAGUUUUAAAGAAAUUAUUUCUUAUAUAAAUUCUACUGUGUGACUGUCUUCUCAAAACUGCAACAGAUUACAAUUGCAUUAGUAAAUCCGUUUGACAGCUAUGAGUGGUUCCAUCUGAAUCCCAUCAACAAGGUGACUAAAAUCUUCAAAACUCUGGGAUUUUAUUAUUCAGCACUUUUAGACACGACUUGUAAUGAAAACUUGGAAUAGAAACUUCCUUGGAAUUUGCCACAACUUAUAAUCCAAACCAGCUAUAUAUGUAAAUUUACACAACAAUGGUAAAGCAUUACAAAUGGCAUGUUUCAUAUUAACAGUCUAAAAGUUUGUGUGAUCUUCAACUAGACUAUUGUUGAUAAUUGUGGAACCUGUAUCUAUUUGGUCGAGAUUAUUCCACAUCUCAAACUAGAAACUCAUAUUGGCCAUGACAUUUCUAGUAGCAUUAGUUUUUAACCCUUUAUUGAAAAUUUUGGGAAAAUAUCAAGUAAAAAGGAAAAAUUAAAGCAAGCACAUGAUUUAAAUUUAUGGAGCACGCUCUUUAACUGAUAACAAGUAACUGAAAAAUGUCAGAAAGGCUGUGUUUUCUGAAUUUGUCAAGCUUCAUUUAUAAAGCUGUAACCAAAUCAAUGCAGUUAAAAGGAUGUCCAAGCAUACAGAAGCAUGCAGGAUAGGCUGCCCUUCAGACACAGGCAUAUGCCUAACGCAGAAGGAAAAUUAUAAGCAUAUAAAUUAUUGGUGGUAUACCAAAAAAGCAGGGAACUGUGCGCAUUCAACCAUUAGUCUUAAGAAUUCUUGGCUGAAACAUGCUUUUUGUCCCUGAAAUAUGGUCCAAGAUAGAUUUUCAUCC